GAGCCCGCUCGCACAGGCGCGAGAUGGCCUGUAUCGAGCGGCCCCGCCGCCGCCCUCCGCCGGACCCCGUCGCCGUGCUCCGCGGCCACCGCGCCGCCGUCAACGACGCCUGCUUCCACCCCUCCCUCCCGCUCCUCUUCUCCGGCGCGGCCGACGGGGAGCUCAGGGCCUGGGAUACCGCGAGCCACCGCACCGCCUCCUCGGUCUGGGCUCAUGCCGGAACGGCCGGGGUGUACUCGGUGGCUGCUGCUGCCGGACUGGGAAACAAGAUCAUCAGCCAGGGUAGGGAUGGAACUUGUAAAUGCUGGGUGAUUGAAGAAGCUGGCCUUUCACGGUAUGACUUCUUGUCCGUGCACUCUGCUACAAGAUGGAACAAAAGUUUUGUUUGGACACAAUAUGCAGGAGGCCCAUAUUUACAGUCAAAACAAGCACAUACCAUUUCUGCAAGAUGUCACUUGUAAAGUCUCCUUCCUUUACCCAUUCCGUGAGAUUGAGCUCAAGCUGUGAAACUAGUGAUGUAGAGCCACCAAGAGAAGGCACUGAAGAAAAUACAGAAUCUCAUGUUGUAAAGCCUACAGAAGAUCCCCAAGAACAUGGAGAAGGCAUUACCUCUAGUGGACAAACUAUGAUGGCAAUUGCUGGUCAAGAAUCAUCCCAGGUUGAACUUUGGGACAUUACAAGUGCAAGGAAGAUAAUAAGCUUGCCACAAUCAUCAAGUGCUGAUACAACAGAUCACCCUACUAAGCAAAAAGGACUGUGCAUGGCUGUGCAAGCUUUCAUCCCCUAUGAAUCUGCAGGCCAUGUGAACAUUUUGUCAAGUUACGAAGAUGGAAGCACUCUUUGGUGGGAUGUACGAAAGCCUGGGUUACCUAUAUCUUCAGUGAAGUAUCAUUCAGAAUCAGCUUUAUCCAUUGCUAUCGAUGGGUCUUGCAAUGGUGGAAUCUCAGGAGGUGCUGAUGAUAAAGUAGUCUUUUUCACGCUUGAUCAUCCAAAGGGUGCAUUUACUCUUAGGAAAGAGAUAGAACUUGAGCGACCGGGUAUAGCUGGCACAACGAUUCGGCCAGACAACAAGAUCGCUGCAACCGCUGGUUGGGAUCACAGGAUUCGAGUGUAUAACUACAACAAAGGAAAUGCUCUAGCUGUGUUGAAGUAUCACAGUGAUUCGUGCAACGCGGUGACAUUCUCAUCUGACUGCAAGCUGAUGGCUUCCUGCUCGACGGAUACCACGGUUGCAUUGUGGGAGCUCUAUCCCCCAAAACCCCAAAGCAAACUAGACGACGUGAAAUCGGAUGAGGUCUCCUGUUAAUUUAUUGGGACUUUAAGUGCUGAAAAGUAGAUCAGUGGAUCUUAUCUGUUUGCUUGUGUGAAGGAAAAUAUCUGAGAUGUUUUGUUGCCCCGCUAAACGCCAUGUUUCUGCCUACUGAAAUUUUCAUACGUGGGUGUAGUUAAAAUCUGAAGCUAUUGCAAUCGAAUGGUGGUGAGAUUUUGACAUGGCUGACGGUGAUCAUACAAUACAGCAGGAAGUCAUGAUAGGCAAACAGGUAAAUUGCCAAGUGUAUGCAGCUCUGUAAACCUUUGACGUUUGUUUGGAGAACGGUUAAUUGUGAUUGGUAUCGCGCCACAA